AUGGCGGCCAGUGAUUGGAGAAUUAAUGCCGAUGAACGAACAAGAUAUGAAUCUUUCUUUCAACAGUGUGGCCCGACACAAGGUUAUCUUUCGGGCGAACAAGCAAGAGACUUUUUUGUUAAAUCAAAUUUACCUGGAGAUAUUCUUCGAAAAAUUUGGGAUUUGGCUGAUAUAUCAGCUGAUGGCCGUUUAGAUACACGAGAAUUUAUUAUUGCAUGCCAUUUAAUAGCAUCUCAAGUUCAAAAAAAAGGACCAUUACCAACGAUUCUUCCACCUAGUCUUCUUUCAGAUUCAGGAGCAACAACAAAUGGUAUACCAUCUGUAACUACAUCAUCAUUAUUAACUAAUACUGCUUCCACUCAACCUGUAAUAACAGGUCAAUCUACUGGACCUAAUUUAACAACAACUGAUUCAAAUAAUCUUUCAAUUGUACCAAUAACACCAACAAUUCGAUCAAAAUAUCUUCAACAAUUUCAUUCAAUUGUUGAUGUAACAAAAACAAAUGGAUUAAUGAAUGGUUUACAAGCAAAAACUAUUCUUCAACAAACUGGUUUAUCAUAUAUUCUACUUCAUCAAAUAUGGGAUUUAGCUGAUUAUGAUAAAGAUGGUUGUUUAACACCAGAUGAAUUUAUUGUUGCAAUGCAUUGUUGUGACAUAGCACGUACAGGUCAAUCAUUACCAAUACGUUUUCCUGAUGAAUGGUUACAUAAAAAUAUCAUACAACAAGAACGAAUCGAUACAUCAUCAAAAUCGAAUGAUAAUCGAACAUUUGCUAGUCUAAAUCAACAACUUAAAGAAAUAUCAACUUCAACAAAUACAACUGAAAAUACUUCAACUGAUCGUUCUAAUGAAACAACAGAAGCUGAACGAAAACUUAUUAUGCAAACAUAUGAAGAAAAACGUUUGAGAAAUUAUGAAGAUGGAAAUCGAGAAUUAGAACGACGUCGACAAUUAUUACGUGAACAAGAAGAACGUGAACAAAAAGAACGUGAAGAACGAGAACGUAAACGUGAACUUGAAUUACAAAAACAAAAAGAAGAACAAGAACGUAAAAAACAAAUGGAAAUUGAACGACAAUUAGAAAAACAACGACAAAUUGAACAACAAAAAGAAGAAGAACGAAAAAAAUUAUAUGAACAGCGUGAGGCAGCACGAAAAGAAAUGGAACGUAAAAGUCAUCUUGAAUGGGAACGUCAACGUAUGCAAGAAUUAUCAACACAAAAAUCUCGUUUACAUGAACAGAUUAAUGAUUUAAAAUCUCGUGAAAAAGCUUUUGAAUUUGAAUUAGAAAGUAUAGAUGAUACAAUCCAAACAUGUCAAACAAAAAUCAAUCAAAUAGAAACAAAUAUACAUACUAUUGAUGAAUCAAUAGCUGAUAUACAACGAAAUAUAAUGACAGAAAAAAAUCUUUUUGAUAAUGCUGAACAACAAAUAAAAGAUUUAAAAGUACAAUUGAAUACUGUACAAGAAGAACGUGAAUCACUUGAUUCAUCAUUAAAUCAACUUAAUCAAUCCAUAGAAUUUAGCAUGAGUAAUCGAGAAUCGGAUCAAUUUAAAAAUUUACAAACUCAAACUGAAACUAUGAAGCAAGAAAGUACACAAAUAGACGAACAGAUUGUAACAAUAACCGAUCAAUGUAAAGAAUAUCAAAAUCAAAUGGAGCAACUUCGUCUUGAACUUGAUCAACUCGAACAAGAAGCUAAAGCUAAAAUGCCAUUAGAUACUGUCACAUCGCCAGAAAAUCCACCUGCUGAAUUCGCUAAUUUUGAUCAAUUUAAUGCUAGUGUGUCUACUAAUGAUUUAAAUAAUCAAUCAUCUGAUGUGUCUACUAAUGAUUUAAAUAAUCAACCAUCUGAUGUAUCUUCUUCAUUAGCUGCUAUUCCAACUACUACAUCUCCUAUACCUGCUGUUGAAGUCGAUCCAUUUCAAACAGUUGAUCCAUUUGCUUCUCAUGCUGAUAUAAGUUCAACAACAGAAAAUAAUGAUUGGUUUCAACCAUCAAGAGACAAUCCUAGUUCACCAAUAGUUGAUCCAUUUCUUCCGAAAACUGAACCAACAGAAAGUUUACCUUCAGUAGCAUCACCAAGAAUAAAGAAAGCAGCACCAAAAGCAAAUCCUUAUAAUAAAAUUGCACCAAAAAUACCAUCUAAUGUUGAUCCAUGGGGAGGACCAACAACUACGAAGAAUAAUGGAAAUGAUUGGGCACAAUUCAAUAAUAAUAAUAAUACAAGUUCACCAUUUGGUACAACAACUGAAUGGCCACAAACAACAACUGUUUCUAAUGAAAAUUCAUCAACUGAUGCAGUUCAAUAUCGUGCAUUAUAUGACUAUACACCUGAACGUCCUGAUGAAAUUGCUAUAUCAAGUGGUGAUAUAAUAAUAAUUGAUCCAAGUAAACAACAAGAUGAACAUUGGCUAUUUGGUCAAAUUGGCAAUGAUAAACAAGGAUUUUUUCCAGCAGUUUAUGCUGAACGUAUGACACCAGCACCAUCAAUUAAUGCUGUUGAUACAACAUCACAAUUAUCGUCUGGAUCAUGGGUGAUGACGUUAGCUGAAUGUCAAGGCAAAACAGUUGAUAAACAUUUAUCAUUUCAAAAAGGUGAACUUAUUCUUGUACGAGAACAAAAAGAUGCAACAUGGUAUAGUGGUCAACUUCAUGACAAAAUUGGUUGGUUUCCAAGAAAUUAUGUUCGACCAGCAACUGAAAUUGAAAUAGAAAAUAAUAAAAAUUUAACAAAAGAUACAUCCAUAAAUGAAAAAUCUUUGAACUCAUCAAAUUCUAAUGAUAAAAUAUCAAAUGAUGUCAAUAAUGCUGAUAUAUAUGAAGCUAUUUAUUCAUAUGAAGCAACUGAUUCAUCAGAUUUAUCAUUUGAUGUUGGUGAACGUAUUAUUGUAUUAAAAUGUGAUGGUGAUUGGUGGACAGGACAAAUUGGUGAUCGCACAGGAUUAUUUCCAAAUAAUUAUGUUCAGAAAAUUAAUAAUAUACAAGAAACAGCUAUUGCAAUAACACCAUUUCAAAGUACAGAAGAAGAUCAUUUAUCAUUUGAACAAGAUCAAAUUAUUUAUAUAAUAAAAAAAGAUGAUAAAGGAUGGUAUCAAGGAGAAAUUCGACUUCCUGAUCAACCAGUACGUGUUGGUUGGUUUCCUGGUAAUUGUGUUCAAAUACAAGAAGCUGUUUCAUCGACAGUUUCACAUCAAAAUAUAUCAAAAUUACCUCAAUACAUUGCUAUAUUUCCAUAUGAAGCUCAACAAGAUGAUGAAAUAAGUUUUCCAGCUGAUGCUAUUUUAGAAAUAUUACAUGAAGCAAAUACUAGUGGAUGGUUUAAAGCUCGUUUUGGUGAUCAAGUUGGUUUAAUUCCAUCGACUUAUGUACAACCAAUUGAUGCACAUAAUCAAUCUUCAUCUAUUCCAUGUCAGCUUUCUUCAAAUAUAAUUCCAUGUACACCGACAACAGCUAAUUCAUUAUCUCAACAUCCAUUUUCUGAUGAUUCAACAAUGACAUUAACUGCUGAUUCAUCAACAUUAAUAACUGAUAUAUCAUCUCAUCAAACAUUAAAUAAUACAUCACGUAUAUCAGCUAUACGAGAAUUAAUUGAAACUGAACAACGUUAUGUUAAUGAUUUACGUAUUGUUGCUAAUGAUUUUAUUAAACCAUUAAGUAAUGGUCGAAUUUUAAAUGAUUAUGAAAUUGAACAAUUAUUUAGUAAUUGGUUUAGUUUAAUUGCAUGUAAUACUGUUUUUCUAUCGACAUUACAAGAACAAGUACAAUACAAAGAACAUGUAAUCACAUCAGAUAUAGAUAUAUCUAUGCGAACACUUCCUCGUUCAGCAUCUAUGUCUCAUAUGACAACGGUUGCACAGGUACCAAUUAACUAUAUUGUUGACAAACGCUCUCGGUCAUUCAUUCAUCAAAUGUGUGAUUCACCUCCUAUUCAUCAAUCACAAUAUCAUACUGAGACUGAACGUAUUCAUCGUUCUCCAUCUGCUAAUAAUUUAACAGUUAUAUGUCCAAUAAGUAUUAAACGUUCAGAUGAUAAUAUUGUUCCUCAAUCAUCUCAUUUAUCAUCAACUAUGACAAUAAAUGAAUCAACACGAAUAGGUGAAAUUCUUUGUUCAUAUUUACCAUAUAUGGCUGAUACUUAUUUUCAAUAUUGUAAUUGUCGUUCACAAGCUGAUAAAUAUUUACAAUCUAAAAUUGAUUUAAAUGAACAAUUUCGUUCAUAUUUACAAAUUUUUCAAAAUAAAACUGGUGGUUUAUCAUUAAAUGGUUUUUUAACAAAACCAAUACAACGUGUUACACGUUAUCCAUUAUUAAUUGAAAAAAUUCUUAAAUAUACAAUAAUAAAUCAUCCUGAUUAUCAAUAUAUACAACAAGCAUAUGAAUGUGCACGUCAAUUAAAUGAACGAAUUAAUAAACAAAUAUGUAUACAAGAAAAUUGUUUACGUUUAGAUUGGUUACAACAACAUAUUAUAUUAAGUACAGAUGAAAAUUCUACAGAUGGAUAUUUAUUUGAUGAAUUAUUAAAAUUUAAUUCAAUAACAAAACUUCAUAAACAACGACAAUUACUUUUACAUGGGUUUUUAAUGAAGGUAUCGAGUGGAAAAGAUUUAUUAGCAUUUUUAUUUAAUGAUUUUCUUUUAUUUUCAACUAUAAAAACAUCAUCAAACAAUUGGCAAUCACAAUUAUUUGAACCAAAAUCAAAUUUACAAUUAAAACUAUAUCGAUUACCAUUAUUAUUAACUGAUAUUAUUGUUGCUAAUGAAAUACUUCAUGAUCAAUUAAGUUUUUAUAUUAGAACGAAAAUUUAUGAAAAACCAUUAGUUUUAAAAACACAACAAACGAAUAUUCGUACAUUAUGGGUACGAGCGAUAAACAAUGCUUUAGAAGAAUCUCAAAUAGCAGAAAAAUUAAUUCUAGCCGAUAAAACAUUGUUUUCUACUACAGAUCAGAAAGAUAAUUCAAAAUCUGCUAUUGCACAUCUUAUGCUCGUUGUACUAGAAGCUCGUGAUUUAAUACCAUCAAUAACAACACUUGAACGACAUCGUACUUUGAAUCCCUAUUGUGAAAUAACUGUAGAUUCAUUAACAUUAAAAACUACAUUUAUGAAACGAACAAAUAAUCCAAAAUGGAAUGCAUCUAUGCAAUUCUUCUUGUAUGAUAUGGCUGAAGAUAUUAUUCAUAUUAAUAUAUUUGAUAAUGAAUUUUUUUCACCUAAUGAAAAUAUUGGUCAUGCAUCAAUACAUGUAAAAGAUAUUUUACCAUGUUCACUUGAUUCAUUUCUUACUCAACCAUCACAAUCAUUUACACAAACAAUCUAUCUAAACACUGGAGCAUCGGUAGUCAUGAACUGUACGAUACAAUAUUUAUUAUAAUAUGAACACAAAAUCACCCGUGUCACUUUUUUUUUGUUAUUUUUUAUUUAUUUCUAUUUUUUUCCGGUUUUCU